AUGCAUCCCAAGGAUUGCGACUGUGGCCGUUGCGAUCCACCGGAUUAUUGUAAACUGCUUCAAGAAAUCCACGAUUUGAAAGAUCUCAAACCGCUUGAAUAUCGGCGGAGUGUGUUUGAAAUAAAACAACAGCAUGAGGAAGCAGCAUUGAGGAGAAUCCUCUCAACCGGACACAAUGUAUUGUAUUUGCGAGACGAUGAGCCCCAAUCCUACUCCUUUCCCAUUACCCCAGAAGAAGAGGUGACGGCCAUUUUGUUCAACGUCCUCAAUCGGUUCGAGGAGGGCGGGGAGUAUUUCACUGCGCAGGAACUCCUAAUUGCAUCAGCAGAGCUGAUCCAUACGGAGAAGCAAAAGCUACUUCCACAGUACCGCCUCUUGUUGCUGGUCAUGGGAGCUUGUGUCAACUUUUCUGAUUUGGAACAUGUUCAGUCGCAAUAUGGAGCGUUGCUAAAGACACGGGUAUUCAACGGCCCUGCCAUUCAAGGCGCCCGGCAGCUCCUCAACGAGCUGGAUCCUGCCUACACGCUCUGGCACCAUAAAGUGAAGGAGAACCCUGACGGGUGGUUGUUCCAUUUUGGUGAUAAUGGCACAGCCACCCUCAUUGUAUCUUCAGAGGACCAUCACGCAAGAGCGAGUCCUACGGCGAAUGUGGAGAUGAAGGAUAUGCCAGACUGCGACGUCCGAGACAUUAUGGCGUCUAACGAUGCACCGGAAAGGAGGAAUUAUCCCAAGGUUUUCAAUGCAAGAGGUGGAAAAUACCAAGGCCGAGUUCGACCCCCUUACUGGCCCGUUGCAUUGGCAAGUGAUGAGAAUGGCUAUCGAUAUUUGUCGGGCGAAGUUUUGGAUGAUAUUUUGCCAGGAUGGCGCUUGAUCAUCGAUAUUGACAAGAAAUAUCUGACUCACUACACCAUCAAAUGGGAUAACCUUUUAUCGAGCUUGAAGGCAUGGCGGUCCAGCGAGAAGGAGAAACUUAGAUUGCGAGGAAUUCGGGAAUGGCCCGCUCCAUACAGUGGCCAAAACGUGGGACAUGGCCACCCAGACAGUCCAUCGGAGGUUUGGCAUGACGUGAGAGAUAGGUUGACCCGAAAAGAUGAUAUUGACAGCGAGGGCCAAGCCAGCAAAGUCGAUAGAUCAUCGAAGAAGAAAACACAGACGCGCUCAACCCGUCAGGGAAACUCUCAACGGGAUCCAACCACCUCAACUCGUUAUGAGUCCCCCUUUCCUGGCGUCAAAGGUGCACUCGCUACAGCCAGCGGCGGUUCAAAUCGUUUGCCAUCUGGAGCUGAUGAGGAUGGUCAUCAUGACUUAGAAGAACUCAAGUCCGUGAUCUUGGAAGAAAUGCGACAAGGUGCGGAGAUCAUCAACAAGCGACUUGAUUCAAUCGAGAAAGGAAUGCGUGGCUUAAAGGUUCGUGAUGGAAAGGAGAGGCGCUCAGCAUCGCCAUCUCCACGAACUUCUGCGUCUCCUAGACGAGGCUCAGUGGCUCCCAGCGGGUUUGGAGCAUUGGCGUCUAAGAAUUCGGCGCGACGUGCUGGAUCCAUAUUCUCGGAAAAAUUGGAACCUAGUAGUAUCUUCAACUCCGAGUCAGCGAGACAGCAGUCAGAACCAUUUGGCAAUCGAUAA